AAGCAGCGGCAAAAGCGAAAAGACCAAGAUGGCGGACUGGGUGACUGUGGCUUUUCGGAGAAGUUUUACAUUUACUAUCUUUAUACCUCUAUAGAUUUAACUAUUGCAUCAAAUACGCCAGGAUUUGUCUUUUCCAAAGCCCACGAAACCGAAUUUGAGUUCGGGGCGAUGGAGUGUUAGAUAGAACGUGGACGACUACUGCAAUGCUAAGAUGGCGACGUGCGGUAAAAGAGAACAUGAAAGAGAAUCACCAACGGGGAAAAAGACCAAAACUGCAGAUGAAGACGUCAAGCAGCUGAUUGGUCAUCCAGAAGAACUUUCCCUUCAGUCAGGGAAGAGCUCCACUUUGAAGCAGGAGACUCCACAACCACCCCACAUUGAAAAGGAAGAGGAGGAACUCUGGAUCACUCAGGAGGGAGAGUGUCUUCUAGGACCACAGAAGGCUGAUUUCACCAAGUUGCCACUGACUGUUGUCUCUGUGAAGACUGAAGAUGAUGAAGAGAAACCACAACCAGGGUUAGCUCCACUAUCAGAUAGUGAGGCUGAAGACGAGGUUGAAGUGACUUUGAGCAGCGAUACAGACUGUGAAGGUGAUAUGAGGACUCACACUGACAUCAAACACUCUGAAUGCUCUAAAAAGAAUAACGGUAAAACACCUUUGAGCUGCUCAGUUUGCGCUAAAAGUUUUAAUAAAAAGUACAAUUUCACUCAACACAUGAGAACACACACGGGAGAAAAACCGUAUAAGUGUUCAGUUUGUGGUAAAAGCUUUGUUUCCAGAUCAGGUUUGACUAAACACAUAAUGAAACACUCUGGACAAAAAACAUUUACUUGUUCAGAAUGUGGUAAAAGCUUCCUUCAUAAGAGCAUUUUGAUUCAACACAUGAGUACACACACCACAGAUAAACCAUUUAAGUGUUCAGUUUGUGGAAAAUGCUUUUCUCUGAAAUGCAGUUUGACUCGACACAAAAGAACCCACACAAGAGGAAAAAAAUGUUUUUGUUCAGCUUGUGGUAAACGUUUUCCUCACAGGAGCAACUUGACUGAACACAUGAGAACGCACACCGCAGAAAGACCAUUUAAAUGUUCAGUUUGUGGUAAAAAUUUUCCUCAUAACAGCAAUUUGGUUAAACACAUGAGAACACACACAGGAGAAAAACCAUUUAAAUGUUCAGUUUGUGGUAAAUGCUUCUCUCAAAAAUGCAGUUUGACUCGACACAUAAGUACCCAUAAAGCAGGAAAAACUUUUUUUUGUUAAACUUGUGGUGAAAGAUUCCAUUGUCAUGCAGACGCUGUAACAUACAUUAUAACACACACAGGAGAAUAAUCAAUCAGCUGUUUAAUAUGUGGCUCAUAUGACAUCCACACAAACCCAGGACCUCUUCCAAAUAAGUUUUACUGCUUCUUUAAGAAAUAUUCAAUUUCUUUGUACACAUUGUGAUUAUCUGGAGCAUAAUCUCAUCUCCUCAUGACCCCCCAUGUCUUCUGUGGAUCUGAAACGUUUCUUAAUAGUAAGGUAGAUGUUGCUUAUAGUGCUUGGUUACUCCUUCAGACGAGACAAGCAUGAUGAGUCUAGCUGGGGAGGAAUUGUUGUCUUCUUCAGUGAUGCUUUCACCAAAGUCAAAGUGAUUGAUAGCUACACCUAAGACAGAAAAUAGAAAGAUCUGUUGAACUAUAAGCCAACAUCCCUGCUGCUCAUUUUAUCCAAAGCAUAAUAUGCGACCACAUUUACAAACAUUAAAGGGGAACAUUAUCACCAGACCUAUGUAAGCGUCAAUAUAUACCUUGAUGUUGCAGAAAAAAGACCAUAUAUUUUUUUAACCGAUUUCCAAACUCUAAAUGGGUGAAUUUUGGCGAAUUAAACGCCUUUCUGAUAUUCGCUCUCGGAGCGUGACGUCACAUCGGGAAGCAAUCCGCCAUUUUCUCAAACACCGAGUCAAAUCAGCUCUGUUAUUUUCCGUCUGUUUUCCGUACCUUGGAGACAUCAUGCCUCGUCGGUGUGUUGUCGGAGGGUGUAACAACACGAACAGGGACGGAUUCAAGUUGCACCAGUGGCCCAAAGAUGCGAAAGUGGCAAGAAAUUGGACGUUUGUUCCGCACACU